CAAUGAACAGCUGAUAUUUUGUCGUCUGCUAUUGAUUGUUUACAUUCAUACAUAUAUAUAUAUUUAAAUAUUUUUUUUCCAAAAAUGUCCAAAAAUUUCUUCAAUAAUUAUCACAGAGUUUCAAAACUAUUUCAACCAUUAAAUAUCCCACAUAAAAAUGCAUCAAUAACAAAAACAGAAAUUUCUAAAAGCUAUAAACACAUGAUUGAUACUGGAAUAAUAAGUAAAUGUAAUACAGGAAUGUAUGCACUUUUACCUUUGGGUUAUCGUAUAUUGGAAAAAUUAACAGCAAUUGUUGAUAUUGAAUUAUCAAAAAUUGAUGCACAAAAAAUUCUUCUUCCGGCUUUAGCAGCGAGAAAAUUGUGGAAAAAAACUAAUCGACUUGAAGAAGCUGGUCGUGAAUUAUUCAUACUUGAAGAUAGAUAUAAUGCUGGUUAUGUUUUAAGUCCUACACAUGAAGAAACAAUAACUGAUCUUAUAUCGAAUGUUGGACCACUUUCACCAAAAACACUACCUUUAAGAUUAUAUCAAAUAUCAAGUAAAUGGAGAGAUGAAAUGAAACCUCGUCAAGGUUUUUUGAGGAGUAGAGAAUUUAUAAUGAAAGAUUUAUAUACAUUUGAUACUGGACCAGAACAAGCAUUAGAAACUUAUGAAAUUGUUAAUCAAGCCUACGAAAAUAUAUUCAAUAAAAUUGGAAUUCAAUAUAAAAAAGCUAUUGGAUCUGCUGGAUUAAUUGGUGGAUCCUUAUCACAUGAAUAUCAUUAUCCCUCGGAAGUUGGAGAAGACAUUGUAUUGUCAUGUUCACAGUGUGAUUAUCAUAUUAAUAAAAAUUCCACCGAUGAAAAUACAUGUCCAACGUGUAAAAAUUCUUUUUCUGAAAUUAAUACAGCAGAGAUUGGACACACAUUUUUCUUAGGAACAAAAUAUUCUGAACCAUUAAAAGCAAUUUACAAAGAAAAUCAUAAUAUUGAACCAUUAUCAAUGGGUUGUUAUGGAAUCGGAAUAACUCGAUUAAUAGCAUCAGCAGCUGAAGUUUUAUCUACAGAACAAGAACUUCGAUGGCCAAUUUCAUUAGCACCUUAUACUGUUUGCAUAAUUCCACCAAAAGAAAACAGUAAAGAAGAAUCGGCAUUACAAUAUAUGGAAAAAAUAUGUGAUAUUUUAUCUCAAACAAAUACCGAUUUUAUAAUCGAUGAUAGAAUACAAUUAACAAUUGGUCAACGUUUAAUUUAUUCCCGAAAAUGUGGUUUUCCUUAUGUUAUUGUCGCUGGUAAAUUGGCGACAAAUUCUAAUCCACUCUUUGAAUUACACGAUUUAAAUAAUUCCACACGUAAUGAUGUGAGUUUGGACAAUUUAUUUGAUUUUUUUAACAAGACAAUAGAUCAUCAAAAAAUUUGUAAACACGCCGUUUAAGAAAUUUAUCACCAAAAUUAGUUAUUUAUAUUUCUUAUACUUUGUUUUAAAAAAAAAAACUAAUUUAUUGAAUAAAUUUCAAUUAAAUUAAUAACAAAAUUAA